CUUUCUCAGUGAUUUAAUCACCUCGAGAUUAUCCGAAUGUGCUUCUGUGAGAACGAGUGAUUGAUUGUCAAUACAAAUAUUUAGUCUUGGGGUGAUCGAGUGCGUGCUAAGAUUGACGGAAUGAAGAUACCUGUCAGUGGUGUUCAACGCUGAUUACAUUCGGUAACGAAUUGGUAAAACGUUUGUUACGCAUGGGAUUAUUCUCGUGUAUCAGCCAUUCAAGAAUUGCUCGAAUUGUGUGAUUUAGUGUCACGCGCGAGCCAACCAAUUAGAAGGAAGUUGAGAAAAUUAACGUUUACACAGGGGAGAUGACAACGGGUUUUUAACUAAGUGCGGUGAGAAUAAUUUCACGUCGUGAUAAAAAGAAAAAACAAACCGACAAUCAGAUAUCGGCUCCUCACCAAUGAGCGAGGGGAGCAGUGGUUGGAAAAGACAAAACCGUGGAACGCGACCAAGAAACCGAUAUUGUUUUACCUCAUUCGGGAGGAAUCUGCGGUACAGAUUGUGCACAACAAUUGAACAAGGAUUUUUUAUCACGGAGCACUUCGGUAUCGUUGGAUACAGCCAUGGGGCUCGACUUCCUGGCCGACGGAGGUGCCGACUUCGAGCAUGCAAUCACCGUUACGGGAUUCGGCAAGUUCCAUUAUAUGCUGCUGAUGAUAUGCGGAUUAAUUUACAUGGAUACAGCCAUUGGGGUGACGAUAAUCUCGUUCGUCCUCCCAGCAGCCCAAUGCGAUCUACAGAUGGAUUCCACCACCAAAGGCUGGCUAAGCGCAUCGCCAAUGUUUGGAAUGGUCAUUGGGUCCUACAUCUGGGGGUGCCUGGCUGAUACUAAAGGCCGAAAAAUUGUGUUGAUCGCUACACUGCUCAUGGAUGGGAUUGUCGGGAUUGUUUCAUCAUUCGUUCAACAAUUCUGGCCGUUCCUGCUGUUGAGGUUCUUCAAUGGAUUUGCUGUAACUGGGGCAAUGGGAAUUUGUUUUCCUUACCUCGGAGAAUUUCAACCAACCAAAUAUCGCGAGAAAAUUCUUUGCUGGAUGGAAAUGUUCUGGACUGUUGGUGUUAUUGUCCUCCCACUGAUUGCGUGGCUGAUUGUACCACUGAACAUCACCUAUGAAUCAGAAUCUUUCUACUUCAAAUCCUGGAAUCUCUUUGUUGCCCUUUGUGCGCUACCAUCCCUAAUGCUAGCCCUCUGGCUCUUCGCUUUUCCGGAAAGCCCAAAGUUCCUUCUAGAGUGCGGGGAGACAGAGAAGGCUCUGGAGGUUUUCCGGUGGAUUUACGCGCAAAAUACUAGGAGUGAUCCCUCUGAGUAUCCAGUGAAGUCUCUUCAAGAAAAGACGAAUCCGAAGGACAAAAGCACGAGAACCCUAAGGUUACAUAAGCACAAAGAUCUGAAGGUACUUUGCUCUGAAGUUUGGGAUCUGACAAAAGCCCUGUGCAAACCACCCUAUCUCAGGAAUACUGUUUUAGCCUGCGGUAUUCAAUUUGGACUCACGAGCAGUUAUUAUACCCUUAUGGUAUGGUUCCCAGAGUUGUUCACAAGAUUUGAAGAGUUUGAAGUUGAACAUCCUGGGGAGUCCACCUCGGUCUGCAUCGUAUCACUCCCGACGAAUAGUACCCAGGCGAAUCCCUAUGGAUGUGGAAAUAUCAUUGCCACUGAUGUGUACCUGCAUACUGUUUAUAUCGGUCUAGCUUGUAUACCAGGAUCCAUCAUUUUACCCCUCUUCAUUCAUAAAGUUGGAGCUAAAGUUUUUCUCAUUGCAUCACUCGUCAUUUCCGGUGCAGUAACCAUCGGCUUUUAUUUCGUCACAAGUUCCGAUCAGAAUCUCAUUCUUUCCUGUAUCUUCGAGGCCCUCACGUCACUGGGAAUAUCAUUGGUUUACUGCGUAAUUGUUGAUAUGUUCCCAACAAAUUUAAGGGUAAUGGCAGCCGCAUUGUCUCUGACAAUGGGAAGAUUAGGGGCACUGGUUGGUAAUUUAGUCUUCGGUUAUCUGAUCGAUCUGGCCUGUGUCGUUCCCAUCAUAUUGUUCGCAGCCUUUUUAUUCAUUUGUGGUUCCCUCUCAUUCUUCCUACCGAGAACAGGAAAAGACACGUUGGACUAAGCGGAGUCAAUAAAAAUUUGAAUCAAACAAAGAUUUGUUCAACAAUGCUCCGUCUCACGUUUCUAGAAAAACCGCAUGAGCUACUGACAUUCUCAGAACACAGAUCUUCUUCACAUCGACUCGAACGCUCCAUAUUAUGGAUAAUAUUACCAUAACUCUUGAUCGACACACACAUGAAAAAAUUUUCUAGAAAAUCCUAAUGCUCGCGUAGAAAAUUCUAUUCAAUGAUUUUAUUGUUUUUGAU